CCGUUAGAAUACUUUCUCUUUUUAGCGUCAGUGCGUUUGCAACUUCCACCGGUGUCGGGCUCGAAAAUUUUUCGUCGCGGAGGUUAGUUUCAAAUACGGUUCGAUUCAAAAUGUUAACAACUUUUAGCGAGGAAUACGUAUCCGUCAUGCGAAAAAUGUUUAGGGAUUAUGUGAUGCGACACGAUGACGCGAAAAAAAGACGCGAGAUGUUUUGUUGCUUAUGUCACUAUAACUCUCAACUUUGUUUGAGACCUAUAACACAAGGCCCUUGUGAGAAGAGAAUUUUGAUAGAGUUAAUGAACUGUAAAGAGCUAUUUCCCAGUGUCGAGGAUAAAAAAUAUUUCUUAAAAUAUGCUUUAGACAAACCCAGUUUGGAAAUGAUAAAACUGCUCGAGGAGGGAAACUUGAAAAUACACGAGGUUAAACUCGAAGAUGGACAGUCUGCUCUGCAUUAUUUGGCUGAGGUAAUUUACGCAAAAAUCUAUGAAACUAUGCACGAAGGAAAUUUAAAAGUAUUAACCCUAAAGAUCAUGGAUUACUUCUUGGAGAGUCCAGAAAAAAACUAUCAAGACAAUCUAGGAUAUACAUAUUUACAUGGAGCUUGUAUGUCUGGCAAUGUGAGUGCAGUGAAUUUACUUUUGAGCCAAGGCGUGGACGUCAAUCUCGACACAUAUACGUGUUCGCCGCUUCAUAUAGCAGCCCAGUACAGACACGCUGACGUUGUUGAAAUUUUAUUGACACAUGGGGCCAAUCCGAACCAGCGAGACGCAGAGAAAUCCACGCCUCUUCACGCCCUGGCUCGGCUGUGUCUAUGCCAGUGCACCGAUUGCGAAAAAUUCUGUGAUGAGAGGAAACCAGUGGAUAAACUCGUUCAAAUGCUCAUUGAUCACGGGGCAGAUAUCGAAGCUCAAAAUUGUCACGGGUACACUCCACUGGGUCUGUCGGUCUGUCGAUUUGACCUUGAGCUCACGAGGACACUUUUGAAGCAUGGAGCGAAGAUCGACAAUUUAAACGAGAAUAAAAUUUUCAACAUGACAUUCACACCACUGGAAUUGAAAAAUUAUCCUCUAACUCUCAACAUAAUUGAGAUGGCUCAUUUGUUGAAGUCAGCUGGAUACAAUUUAAGUUUACAAGCAAGACUCAGGAUGAUGAAAUAUUGGUUGAAAAUUCGAGGAAACGAUACCGAUCAUCUUAUCGGUGAACAUUCUUGCGAACAGUAUGUCCUGAUAAAUAUCGAGCACAAAAUAGAUAUUCAUCGUAUAUAUGGCUUGUAUAUUACACAAGAAGCUGAAGAUUUCUUGCACCAGAAGUGCAAGGAAUUGAGAAAUGUAUGCCCGAGUGACUACCAUCGAUUUUAUCCUCAAGAAGCAAUUGACGAUUUGGAAGCUCAAGUUGAGCGCACAAAAAAUAUCAUGCUCAGCGAAAACGUUUCGCUGUAUCAAAUAUGUCAAAUGAGCUACAGCAAGGGUUAUUCGCUGAUAAAAGGUAUGAAAAAUUGGCGAUUACCCGCAAUGGACGAUAUUUCGUGUACGUACGUGAACAUCAUCGCAAAAAGACACUUGGCAAACGUUUUGAUACGGACACAUUUGGAACGGUUAGUAGCCGAUUUUUUCAUGACUGAUCAUUGCAACUUAAACCUUCCGUAUCUUGCUUGCCUAAAAAUUGCCGAACACAUGAGCGACGAAGAUCUGUUCCGUUUAUGCCGGCAGACAGGCGAAAAUCAUUUAUGAUCAAGGCCGAUCGAUCAAACGAAGAGAUGUAGGAGUAGUGAGUCGGUGGUGUCUGCGAGCCCUCAACCGCCGAUUCGUCGAUCGCGCAGAUUACAGGGACUUUCAGCAAGUCAAAAUCACAGUUGAAAAAGACUCGAUGCCAAAAUUAUUGCUGUGCCUUUCCAAAUUUUAGGCCUAUCGACUGUAGGGUCUUCCAGUUAACCAGCACCAUCCAUUCCACUGUUUUCUUCUUAGUUGUUAAUGAAAUAUAUUGUUAUAUUUAUAUAUAAUAUUUUGUUCUUGUUUUUAAAUUAAAACUUAAAAUAAAGACGAAAUAGUAUCAGUAGUAUACUGCACUAUCAGUAGUAUCUAAUCGCACAAAUAGAACAUUUCUCGCAUGACCAAAUUCAAGGCACACGUAUCAACUUGACACUUGUUUUGAUAUUAUUUUAUUUGUUCACGUAUAAAAUAAUCAAAAGUGAUAUGACGGCUGUCAGCUGUGUAAAGUGUUUGUGGAAGUGUUGGCGUCAAAAGAAAGAUACAAAAAUUUCAA